AUGUUUAAGGUAUCGAAAGAAAAAUUGCAACAAAUAUUAGCAUCUGGAAUAACUUAGGAUAAUUAAGAUAGUAUGGGUGAGUUCAAUACAACCAAGUGCUUUGAAGAUUCCUUAAAAUGUAACAUUGAAUAAGGAUUAAGUAAUGAUGGAGUGCUAUUGAGGCGAUAGGAAUUUGGAGAGAAUAGGAAAUAAAAUUAAGAUUGCAUAAGUACGAUGAAAGCAGUGUGGAUAAUUCUAUUUGUAAAUGAUUCUAUAAACUUAGAAACCUAAAUCAAUGGUCUUAUUUUCCUUGUCAAUAAAUUCAAUGAUAUUAAUUUAUUUAUCAACUGAUGGAAUAUACACAAAUGAGUGGAUUGAAAGUUUAGUAACAUUUGGAUUAAUUUGUUUAUCAUUUGUGUUGUCUGUUUCUCAAGUAAAAUAUUAAAUUUAUAAAUUCAGAUUAAGAAUGACGAACAAAAGUUGUAAUAAAAUUAAAGCUUGGAUGAAUAAACUAAAUUCGCAGUUGUGUUGAGAAAUGGAAAAUUGAUAAGAAUUAUAGCAGACAGUCUCGUAGUAGGAGACAUUGUUAUUUUAUAAGAGAAUGACGAAAUUUAUGUCGAUGGAUUAAUUGUUAAAUAACAAAACUUAUAUAUUGAUGUAAAUUAUGGUUAUCAUCUUGAAAUAGGAAUGCUCCUUGACAGGGGAAGAGAAGCCAGUUCAUAAAGUUACAUUGGAAGAAGUAGUUUAAUCCUAAUAGCCAAUAUCACCUUAGAAACAUUUAGUCUAUGCAGGAAGUAGAGUAGUAUAGGGAUGCGGAAAAUUAUUAGUUUUAGCAGUUGGUCCAGAGGCAUUAGUUAAUAGAAUAUUAAUUCCUCUUUAAUAAGAAGAGAAAUAAACACCCAUUACAGGAGAAAUUCGCAAUAUUUCGCAUAAAAUGGAAAGAAUAAAGUUUGUUGGAAUUAUAAUAGUAUUCGUCAUGUUGCUAGUUCGAUUCAUUUUCUAAUAUAGUGAAUAGAAUAUUAAUAGAUAUAGUAUGUUUUCAAAAAUACUGAAUUUAAUCUUAGCUUUAAAAUCUGGAAAAGCAUACGAAACAAUAUAUACUCAUUUCUAAAUUCAAUUGAGUGAGGUAGUAAAAUUUAUGCUAUAUGAAUAAAACUUGGUGAGAAGGCUAUAGAAAUUAGAGAACAUGGCUUUUAUGGAUACAGUAAUUUAUAUUAUUUAUCAUUAAGGUGGUUGUUGAUGAAACAGGUAUUCUAACACAAAAUAGAAUUACUGUAGAAAGUAUUAUGAAUGAUACAAUAGAAUAAUUUACUACAUCCUAAUUUAAUCUCUACCCAAAAGAAUUCUAAUAGGCCUUAAUUGAUUCAUGUUUCAUUAAUAAUUACUAUGAUCCAAAUACUGAAUCUGGGAGUUAAAUAGAAAAGGCAUUGUUUGAAUUCUCUGAAACAAUAGAACUCAAUUUAAGUGAAAGAUUAAAAUAAGUGACACAUAGAAUUCCUUUUAGUAGUGCUAGAAAAAUACAAGUAUAUAUAAAUAUAUAAAUAAUUAGUCAAUUAUUAUCAACAAUGAUAGAGUUGUUGUAAGAGGAUUAGCUGAACAAAUACUAAGUUCGUCAACUAAAUUUUAUAGUUUGAAAAAUGGAAUUGUUGCUAUUGAUGAUGUGUUAAAGAAGAAUUUAGAAUAACUUAUGGUUGAAAUGCAUCAAUAAGGAAAGAUUAUGGGAAUAGCUUAUAGGGAUGUGGAUUUAUAAAAUGAAAAUGUAAAAGAAUUGAUAGAAAAUAACCAAUUUGAAUAUGAUCGAUAGAAUUUAACAUUAUUAGGUUUCUUGCUUUUUGUAGAUCCAUUGAGAGAUGAAACAUAAUCGGCUGUAAAAGGAUUGAGAUAAGCUGGAGUUUAAGUUGUUUUUACUACAGAAAAUGAUUCUAUUAGCGCUAAGAAUUUUGCUAUUAAUGCAGGAAUUAUGAUAUCCAAUUCUAUUAUCAUGGAGGGAAGCGAUUUCUCUGAAAGAUUUAAUAGAAAGGGCUAAAAUUCUAAAAACGAAAUCUAAAAUCUUCAUGUUCUAAGUAGAGCAAGACCAAGGGAUAAAUAUAAACUUGUAUAAGAAUUUUAGUAUUUUGGUCAUGUAGUUGGAGCUUGCUGUCAUGGUGCUCAUGAUGGUAUAUAUCAAUACUAAUUAAAUUAAAGUUCCUGUUUUAACUAGGGCUGAU